CGGAGAACCAGCCGUAAGUCGUUUCACUAGCCCCCUUUGGGGCCGCCUGGCUUUUCCUGGCCGGGCCUGCUCAACAGGAGCCACGGUCGUUCCAGGGUUCCUCCAUCAAGGCAGAAUGCCACAGAUGAAUUUGGCCAUCCUGGGAUCCAUUGCCCCGUUCAUCGUGGUGGUGGAUGUCAUUGGGGUGGUGGCAUUCACCGCAAUGGGCAUUGGCCCGCUCGUAUACAAUGCUGUAGCUGAUGCCACCAUGAAUCAAGCUGGAAAUGCGGCCGCUGCGGCGGCGGGCGGCUUCAUGGCAUUGCUGUUCGUCUUGGACUUUUAUUUGAUGCCAAUCUUGGCUCAGAUGUUCUUUGGAACACUGCUGGUAGGUUUUGUCUUUGCCGCCGCCAUCCUGAAAGGGAUUGUGUAUCCCUGGGCACCGGGGCUUUUGUGCAUUGCCUUGCCGAUCAUCUACAUGGGCUGGCUGCGGGGCUUUGUCUUUCGGCCUGGCAAAGUCACCCCAGCGGAGUUCUUAUGGCCAGCAGCGAUGACUUUUUCCGCUGCCUUUGUGGCGAUCAUGUUUGCAUGGUUGAUCUUCGUGUUUGGCAGCGGCCGCAACUGGUCAGAAGAGACCAAGCUAUGGCUGACAGAGGAGAACAAUGACGUUUUUGCCUACCUUUGGUCCAACGGCACAACCACCCUGAACUACACGAUUCAUUGUUCGAAUUCGAAAAACGUUUCGCAUUUCAGUAAUGACGAGCAGGCCAUUCUGCUUGCGGCGUGCACGUCUGCUGCCAACGUUUGGUUCUUGCAAUGGACCGGUCCCUUUGUACUUGCCUUCUGCAAUUUCGUGACGGCGUUGUUCGUGUACCUCUUUAUGCACGUCUCCCGAAGGGUAGUGAUGGUCAAUGGAGACGGAGAGGCAGAUUCUUUGCCCUAUCUCAAGCAGAUCCUCAAGGGCAGUGUGCUGGUAAUAGUGUUAAUGCUUGCAGCCAUGUACGCAGCUGCCUCGUAUGUUUCCGGCUCUGCCGUGCAACUGGGUUCUGCAGUGUUCUGCUUAGGGGCAGUCAUCAUUGCGGGCACGUUGGGCUGGAUGUACGUUGAGAUCGAUCCGGUACAGCUGAAACGGCUGGCGAGCGAGGGAACGAUGGCAGAAAACCUGCUAAAGGUGUUGCGAUCCGAUUGGGUGCGAGCGGUGGCGGUGGCUUGCCUCAACGUUCUUAUCCCGCUGAUGGUAGUACUUGACAGGGCUAGACAAUGUAUGCGAAGGGCCAGAGGCACAGCUGAAAAUCCCGCGGAUAAAUUUACGCCUUCUGGGCGGAGAGUGGCCAAUGAAUGCAGCACCUGGAACUGGUGCAGCAUUUUAUCAAAGGUGCUUCUUCUGGGGGAGUUGUUCGUGGCCCUCCUGCUUGGCAUGAAGGCCACGUAUGUUUUCUUUUCCUGGUUAAAUGCUGUUCUUGGAGCUGCCAACAUCAACUUUUGGGUCCUUUGCGGGUAUAUUUUCGUCAUUGGCCUUGGCAUGUUCCUGUGUCCCAUCGUUCCCGGAAGCGCUGUAUAUCUCUUCGCGGGAGUGGUUUUGGGAGCGCAGUCACAACUACCAGAACGGCCUGGCUUCAUGGUCGGGGUGGCGGCCGCAAUAGUUGUCAGCUCUGUCGCCAAGCAUAUUGCGUGUGUUGGGCAGUACAUGAUUGGCUACUGUGCUGGGCAGUCAGUGAAGGUUCAGCAGAUGGUGGGUGUUGAUCAGGUGGGCACCCGGGCGACGGAGAAGAUCCUGAAGCAGCCGGGGCUGUCCCUUGGGAAGGUCUGCAUUUUGGUGGCCGGACCUGAUUUCCCAACCAGUAUGCUUUGCGGCAUUCUGAAGUUGCAGAUUCCGCAGAUGCUGCUGGGGACCACCCCUGUGAUCUUCGUGAGUAUCAUCCCGCAGGUCUUGGUGGGCGCGUUGCUGACGUACCAGGGCGCUGCUGCGGAUGAUGACUCUUCCAGCAUCGAGUCGAUGAUCUCGACUGCGGUUACGGGCUUUGCAGCGGCAGCACAGGCGGGAGCAACCUUACUCUUCACUUGGCGGAUCAUGAAGACCGUGGAGCAGGAUGGAGAAGAGCUGAGCCAACCCCGUCCGGAACAUGCAGCUGUAGCUGCUCUCACUGCAAAGGAUUAUCGUAAGGCCUUCCACGAGGUUUCGAAGUGGGACGCCAUGACCUGCCUCCAGCAGACCAUCGUGCUGUGGUCGGUCUUUGCCAUGCUACUCUCAGGUUUCCUCAUCGCAGCAGACUUCAUGUUAGCUGAGAAGUUCUGCUUCAGGAAGUUCGACAUCACCAGCAACAUCAAGGAUCCCUUUGAGCUCGGAGGUUUAGACAACAAUGUGAUCAACCUGGUCAUUGUGCCAAUUGGAUGGAUGACCUUAGUGGUGGUGAUUUGUGCUGUGGCCGGUCAUGUGGCCUUCUCUGUGAUGAUGGGCAAGGCAGCACGCGGACGGCUGAGCAGCCUGAAACAUCAGGC